UUUUGCUAUAAAUAAGCCCUCUGUAUAUCUCUGGGUAUAAAGGGAACUGAGCAAUCACCGGAUCGGUUCUACUCAUUUUUUUCCUUAUUUAUUUUUUUGGUUUUUAUUAUUGUUAUUCCUUGAAACGACUGUUAAGUCGUUCAGAAUGCGACGUACAAUUUCUGCUUUCUGUGACCAAGUGACAGAAAAAUCUGCACCCGAUUCGUCUAUUGUUUAGACUAGUCAUGUUCCAUGUUUUGUUAUCAUUAUUAUUUUGUUUAGAUAAGGGGCCCGUGCUGAAAUACGCGAUAGAUACGUUUGGUAUGAGAAAUCGUGGCUGCUGACUGAGUUCCCCGGCAACCGGGCGUUUCUGGAAAAUAAACAAUGAAAGCAUGGGGCGCUAUACCGCAAGGGCAUCACGGGGCCUGUGCCAGCUUGCCGCACAACAGGUCCUCGUAUGUGACACGGAUUUCAUUCACAUGUACAUUUUUGUAGUAUAUAACCCACUUGCUAUACUGUUCUUUUUACCGAUUUAAAAUAGCACAAAAUGUCCGUCUAUCUAGAUAUACUGUAAAAUGUCCGUGCUGUUACCCUUAAAUGUGCAUUGGGAAUUUGGGAAUAUUCAGAUUUGUCUUAAAUUUAUAACAAUUCAAAUCAACGAUACAUAGGCCGAUAAAUGCUGCACAGUUCCCAUGAUUAUCUUAAAUUUUUAGUUUAGCCCGUUUCUGUCUUGGCAAUUUCAAGUGUAUGGAGUCCUGUCAAAGAGGAUAAAACAAUUUCUUUUCCUUAUUCAUCUGUGCAGACUAAUAACUUCGGCAACAAAAACGACAUCCAACGCACCGACGACCGCGGUCUACGUAAUGUAACGUGUAACAUGUUUGGUUGUGGACUUUUAUCAAAAUGACAUUUAAUAUUCUGUAGUUUCCUUAUAUUUAAUACGCGGUUUAGAGAAACAUCUUCCUAAAUAUAUGAAGAUUUUUAAUGCUGGGAUGGAAACAAACAUUUUCCGUCAGUUAUAGCCGCCCUUUUCGCCCUCAGUACAACCUGAGAUUUAUUUACCACUUAACUAAAUUUCUUUUACUUCUGAGUCGUUCAGUCUAAGCCUGAGCUGGCGCUCUUUUUCCAGUUUAUUUUCCAGGGAGGAGUGACAGUAAACCCGGGUCCACAGGCGCUGUAAAGCCGCCGAUGCGCGGAGCCCCUCGCGGACUCGAUACGAUAAGAUAGCCGGAGCCCUGUGAUCGCAUCAUGUGGGAGGAGGCGGUGCAGACCAUAAAUAAAGUGAUUUCAAAUAUGUUUUUCUUUAAUUAAUGGGGGAGGAUAUAUGUGGCGCUUGACUGUGCGGGUCACGUUUUAAAAGCAUCCGAUGAGUCGGAACGUGGACGUUUGACUGGCGUGAUCGGCGGGACACAUCGGUGUUACAACUUCGAGAAGCCUUCCUUAAAGAACAAAGUGCACGGUUCGUUUCCAUGUGGAUUGAGAUCGGAGACGAAGAGCGGGGCUACGACCUGGACCUCUUCUGCAUCCCCAAGCACUAUGCCAGCGACCUGGAGCGUGUCUACAUCCCACACGGCCUCAUCCUGGACAGGACUGAGCGCCUGGCACGGGACAUCAUGCGUGACAUGGGGGGGCACCACAUCGUGGCUCUUUGUGUCCUGAAGGGGGGCUACAAGUUCUUUGCCGACUUGCUGGACUACAUCAAGGCCCUGAACCGCAACAGCGACCGCUCCAUCCCCAUGACGGUGGACUUCAUCCGGCUCAAGAGUUACUGCAAUGACCAAUCCACAGGGGAAAUCAAGGUCAUCGGCGGGGACGACCUGUCCACACUCACAGGAAAGAACGUCUUGAUAGUGGAGGACAUCAUUGACACAGGAAAGACCAUGAAGACCCUGUUGCAGCUCCUCAAACAGUACAAUCCGAAAAUGGUCAAAGUGGUCAGCCUGUUGGUGAAGCGGACAGAGAGGAGCGUGGGCUACCGGCCGGACUUUAUAGGAUUUGAGGUACCGGACAUAUUUGUGGUGGGGUACGCGUUAGACUACAAUGAGUACUUCAGAGAUUUAAAUCACAUCUGUGUCAUCAGCGAGAAGGGGAAGGAGAAGUACAAAGAGUGAAGCCGUCCUCUUCCGUUGCUUCUCCACCAAGCACCAUCUUUCACAGUUUGCUUUAAUAGAAAAUAAAUUAAACGCCUAAGUUGGACGAUAGCAGGUUUCUCAAGGUACCGGGCAACACACUCUCACCGCGACCUGACGGCUGAACUGAAAAUGGCCUGUUUUGUACUUUCUGCCCCAUGGCCACCGAAGCCUCGGAUCAGCGAAUGCUAAUGCAGUCAAACUCGCCUUGGAGAUGGCAGGAGGCCAGGGGUAGGGAGGGGUCUCCUCAUGUAAUAAGCAGGACAGCAAUACUCCAUGUCUAUUACUGUCACUGGAGUAAAUGGCCCAUGCAGAUCUCAAUGCAGUAAAACCACAAUAUUAAUCAGUGUUUGACCCAUGGAUCUCAGACAUUGAGAUAUUGCAAACUUUGCUGUGUAUUCUUUUUUUUCCUUCAAAAAUGUUUUUUCUUCUAAAACUUCCACAAUCAUUUUAAUUUCUGUCUGAAAUCUAUUUGAAGUGCCGUGAGCCUCACGUCCGAUUAUUAUGGACUGUAAAUACAAUACGCCAACAAGCUCCGGAGCUAUCCAGGCCUAGAGCAGCAGAAAUCUUCCUGUGGGUGUGUGUCGUUCUGCUGUUUGAUCUGAAGCGAUUCACCCUAGACACAGAAAGUCAGCUCACCAUCCACAACCAAGUAAUCGG